AUGCUUAAAUUUAAGAGCAUUGAAGAAGCUGUAGUAGCAGGUGUAAAAAGCAUAGCUACAAAUUGUAUUAAAUCUGGAACGGUAAAAAAAUUGAUAUACACUGGCACAGUUGUUGCUUCUUCUCCAUUGAAGGAUGAUGGAAGUGGCUACAAAGACUUCAUUGAUGAAACAUGUUGUACACCUCUACAUCUUCCUCUCACUGCUCUCCAUAAGGAAUAUGCAGAUUCUAAGACACUGGCUGAGAAAGAAUUGUUAAUGAGGUAUGGCAAAGAUGAAAAUGAAAGUGGUAGACUUAAGGUGGUUAGUCUUGACAUUGGUCUGGUGGGAGGGGAUGCUCUUCUUAGUUACAUGUCAGCAAGUGUUGCAGUGCUCAUUUCUCAGGUGAAAGAUAAUGAAGCCCUACAUCAAUCUUUAAAGUUCGUAGAAGAUAUAUGUGGAAAGAUUCCACUAGUCCAUGUUGAUGAUGUUUGUGAAGCUCAUAUCUUUUGUGCUGAAAAUCCAUCUAUCAAUGGCAAAAUCUUGCUUGCAAACUCAUAUGUAUCAUCAGUAGAGAUAACAAAUUAUUAUCGUCAAAACUAUCCAGAAUUCAAACUGAAGGAGAAGUAUUUGGAAGGGCCAAACAGGGAAAUCAAAUGGGCAUCAACAAAGCUCAUUGAUGAAGGGUUUGUUUUCAAGCAUGAUCUCAGGAUGAUAUUGGAUGAUAGUAUCAAAUAUGCAAGAAGAAUAGGUGAUCUUAGUAUGUAA